CUGUGAUGCAAAAAAGUGAACUCGAUAGCCUUAAGGAGGCUAAUCUUCCUUCAGAUCAAGCUCAGAAAGGAUCCUCUAGUGAAUUAAACCAGGGCAGACGUCUGACUCCUAUUUUGCGUCGUCCAUCAGAUUUCAAACUAGGAAAAGAAAUCGGAACCGGUUCCUUUUCCACUGUGUAUUCUGCAAAGGAAAUCGCAACUGGAGUUGAAUAUGCAAUGAAAGUGGUCGAUAAGCAACAUGUAUUUCGCUGCAAGGCUGUAGACUCUGUUAUGAUGGAGAAGGAGGUUCUUAAGCGUACCAAUCAUCCUUUCAUUGUUCGUGUUUACUAUACUUUUCAAGAUUCAUUUCGUUUAUAUUAUGUCCUUGAGUAUGCCCGUCGCGGUGAAUUACUUACCUAUCUUAAUCGACUAACCUCACUAAAUGUUGAAUGUACUAAAUUUUAUUCUGCAGAAAUCCUCUCGGCCCUUAAUUAUCUUCAUAGCUGUUCUAUUAUUCAUCGCGACCUAAAACCAGAGAAUGUCCUUUUGACUGAAGAUAUGCAUAUCAAACUUGCUGAUUUUGGAUCUGCUAUUAUCUUAAAUCAUCUUGAAAUCAAAGCCUCCAGUUUUACGGGAACCCCUCAAUACGUUAGUCCAGAAAUGCUUACGCUUAUAAACUCUGGCAAUGUUAGCGAAGAAGAAUACUCUUCUGAAGAAAAUUUUGAUGGUCAGACUUCAGAGGAAAUCCGAAGCAAAAAGGAACAUAAGAGUAAAGGCUGUGAUAAGAAAGCUCAUCUUCAGGCAAUAACUGAAGUAUCCACAAAGUGGCUUCAUAACGGUGUCCCCUCACAUGCAUUAGCUUAUUUGAUGGAUUACUGGGCUCUUGGUUGUGUAAUUUAUCAAAUGCUCUCUGGACGUCCUCCGUUCCGCAGCGAGCGACAUGGUCAUGAAUACGAAGUUUUUCAAAAAGUCCUUAAUCUGCGCUUUGAGUUUCCUGAUGGCUUUGAUUCAAACGCUAAGGAUUUGGUGAAAUCUCUUUUAGUUAUUAGUCCAAUUGAACGACUUGGUAGUCCGAUAAAUGGUGGUCAUAAGGCCCUUCUCGUUCAUCCUUUUUUCGCCGGUAUAGACUGGGAUACGCUUCACAAAUCCAGUCCGCCUAUUCUUGUGCCAAACUUGGAUCCUUUAUCUCAUGAUGAUUGGGACAAAGUACCAGCUGGCUUUGAAGCAGGAAAAAAAUAUCAUCUAGCUUGCGAAAUCGGCUUGGCUGCUAGCCAAGUAACUGAAAAUGACCGGAUACAUCUCUUA